AUGCAUAACCCUCGAUCUCAAGCUACAACAGCACUCAAAAGAUUAAUGACAGAAUAUCGACAAUUAAAUAAUAAAUCAUCAAAACAAUCAACAUCUGAAGAAGAAGUUAUGUUUGUGGCAGGUCCUAUAUCAGAAUCAGAUUUUUUUAUAUGGGAAGCUUUAAUUUCAGGUCCAGAAGAUACACCAUACGAAGGAGGUAUCUUUACAGCAACCUUAACCUUUCCUCGAGAUUAUCCACUCUCACCACCUAAAAUGACAUUCAAACCACCUUUAUUACAUCCAAAUGUUUAUACGAAUGGUGAAGUUUGUAUUUCGAUUUUACAUCCACCUGGUGAUGAUCCAAAUCAAUAUGAAUCGGCAUCUGAACGUUGGUCACCUGUACAAUCAGUUGAAAAAAUCUUAUUAAGUGUCAUCAGUAUGUUAGCUGAACCUAAUAUCGAAAGUGGUGCGAAUAUUGAAUGUUGUAAAUUGUUUAGAGAAGAUAAAAAACAGUAUGAGAAUAGUGUAAGACAAUUUGUUAGACAACAACUUGAGAUUUGA